ACCUCGCCUACAAAUUGUCAUUUGCGUUUCUCUUCUUCAGCCUUGUAACCAUCGCAAUUCGAUUGCCAAGCGCAUAGACUGCAAGACACUCUCUAUUUGUGACUACACGUAUCGUCCAGCCUUUCCUGGAACAAACACCAUCUCGUCGUUCAUCAUGUCUCUCUGCCUCAAUCGCUUACAGGAAGAACGAAAACAAUGGCGCAAGGAUCAUCCGUUUGGAUUCUUCGCUAGACCCGCCAGAGGAGCCGGAGGAGUUGUCGAUCUCAAGAAUUGGGAAGUGGGCAUUCCGGGCCGGGAAAAGACCAUCUGGGAAGGCGGUUUGUUCAAAUUGAACUUGACAUUCCCAGAUGAGUAUCCUACAAAGCCCCCCAAAUGCCGAUUCACUCCUCCACUGUUCCACCCAAAUGUCUACCCUUCCGGCACAGUCUGUCUUUCGAUCCUGAAUGAAGAGGAGGGAUGGAAACCAGCAAUCACCAUCAAGCAAAUCUUACUGGGCAUUCAAGAUCUCCUCAACGACCCCAAUCCCGAAUCUCCGGCUCAAGCGGAUGCGUACAACCUAUUCAAGAAGGAUUUGGCGGCAUAUGAGAAAAAGGUCAAGAGCAUCGUCAAGGAGAACCCCGCACCGUAAGAUGGGCUGCGACAAGUGUUGGCGUUGCAUGACAUUGCAUAGCACAUGUGUGACAGCGACAGCGAAUGAGACAUAUGAUUUUAUGGGAUUGGGAGCGUCAUCAACGUGCAUUGGCUGUAUUGAGCACGGAGUUUCUGCUGAGGUUCAAGGCUAUUGGGCUGGGGCAUGACACAUCAUGGCGGGCGUUUGCGGCCUGACAUGGAAUUUUUUGAAAUUGGCGAGCAUGGCGUCCUGAAGGUGGACGGCCACGUGUCGAACCGGGUCGACCACAUCAAGAGUCCAAUCACCGGCCCCGGAACUGUUUUGUGUCUCCUGGUCGGAAUCCUAAAGCUGGAGCUGGAGUUACAGAGAAUUAGAUGUCCAGAAAUCAGCUACUCAGCUACAGAGUCUCCGAUCUUUCACAAGCAAACAUUGGGCCGGGGACCAGGUUGAACAUGCCCGAAUGCGAAAGCGUGGGGGAGUUUUUUUACUAGGGCCGCAGGCAUGAAGGCUGACCAGCGACCAAUGGUCAUUACUGAGAUCAGAAGCUAUUGGUAAUGCUGGGAGAUACAUUAGGUAUGUGGAUGGAUGUGGUUAACCUUCCAACAUACAUCUGUCGUCGCCACAUACCUACUAUAUCGAGGAAAUGAUACCCUUGAAUCCGGCUGAUAGUUGUGUUCAAGUCUGGAGAAUCCUUGCCAGCCACGAAUCUUGAUGCCCAAGUCCUACCUUUAAACCUAAAUAGAGGAUUCAUUCAACCAACCAUUCUAGAACGAUGGUCGCGUGCCAAAAGGCCAACUGCGUCGAGCCACAGCCAAGGACUCACAACCAAUUAAGCCUAAUCAUAGCCCAGAAAGCUAAGUAGGCGGUCAAGAAAGAUUGACGACACCGUCAUCCCACCAAGCGUCGGAUAGACGUAGGCCUGAGAUUAUCCUUGUUCCAAUGCGCUGAGACUCAUGACGGGAUGACACGUCUCUUGCUUGCUGUGCUUGCCCAACUGGCGGUGUCCAGGUUCUUCAAGUUCUACGCGAGCAAAAGAGUAAUCUUGUCCAGACACCCAGAGCAUGUUCCCGAAGUUUUGAUAUCAUGGAGGGGCAAAAUAUGGAGGGCAAAGGCCCACACUGAGAUUUCUUAUCCUUAUCGUAGCACCCCUGGACACCAUCGCUUCUUAACCCUGUUAUGUAAGAGUGGAGAGAGAUUGAGGUCAGAUUCGACGCCGAGGGACCGCAGUUCUCCGCCUUGAACCGGUAACUAGGUGUCUAGGUAUUGUGGUAGGGUAUGCAUGGUAGGCAUGCAACGGGCGGAUAGACGACACAAAAAGGGAUAUGUUGGGCAACAUCAGAUAUGCACUCCAGAUUUGUGGUGGUUAGAGUACUCUAAGAUGACGGCGAAAUUGUGGCGAUUGUGUAACCACGACUUGGGACAAUCAGGAGAGACACGACUACCAUGAUCAAGUAGGAAG